AUGGUCGUGUUGCUCCCGUUGCAUAUACCUGCUGCUCCGGGACGCCCGCGGACCAGUGACCGAGUCAGGGAGCAGGACGCCGGGCUCAGGGGCCGCCGCCUCACCGGAGCUGCUCUGGAGGUCGAGCUCCAGGUUGAUGAACAGGACAUGGAGACAAGGAUCCGAAGAGGCCGACACAUGAGUCCCGUGAGUCUGCUGCUGCUCUGCGUGUGUCCGCUGUGCGUCCGGGGCUCCUGGAUGUGGUUGGGCGUGGCGUCGGCCGGCGGCCCGGAGACGCUCAGCUGCUCCGGCCUUCCUCUGAGCCGCCAGCAGAGGGAGCUGUGUCGUAAGAAACCUUUUCUGUUGCCGAGCGUCCAGGACGGCGCUCGACUCGCUAUCGACGAGUGUCAGAGUCAGUUCAGACACGAGAGGUGGAACUGCUCCGUCAACCAGCGCCCCCCAGUGUUCGAACAUGAGUUAACCAGCGGAACCAAAGAAACAGCGUUUAUCUACGCGGUGAUGGCUGCCGGGCUGGUCCACGCCGUGACGCGCUCCUGCAGCCAGGGCAACAUGACGGAGUGCGGCUGCGACGCCCGGCUGCAGGGCGGCGGCUCCGGGCCGGAGGGCUGGCACUGGGGCGGCUGCUCGGACCACAUCCAGUACGGAACCUGGUUCAGCCGCAGGUUCAUCGGCGCCGCCGCCAAAAACAUGUCGACGAGCAGCGGAGGCUACACGCCGGGGACCAUGAACCAACACAACACAGAGGCAGGACGCCAGGCGAUUGACAGGACGAUGCUGACAGACUGUCGCUGUCACGGGGUUUCCGGUUCCUGUGCGGUGAAGACGUGUUGGAAGACGAUGGCGGCGUUCGGACGUGUCGGCGUUUAUCUGAAGGAGCAGUACGAGCACAGCGUGCAGGUGUCGGACCGCUCAAAGAGGAAGACGAGGAGGAAGGACCAGCGUCUCCUUCCUGUCGACAAACACCAGCUCAUCUUCAUCAACAAGUCUCCCAACUACUGCCUGGAGGACCGGCGACGCGGCAUCGCCGGCACCAGAGGGCGCCGCUGCAGCCGGACGUCCGCUGGACCGGACGGGUGCAACCUGCUGUGCUGUGGCCGUGGAUACAACACGCAUGUGGUGCGACACGUCCAACGCUGCGAGUGCAAGUUCGUGUGGUGCUGCUACGUCCGCUGCCGGCGCUGCGAGAGCAUGAACGACAUGCACACCUGCAAAUAAACCAAUCACAGCUGAGGACAAGCUUCACACAUCACUGCCUGAACAACCUGUAGAGGGUCCGACCUCGAGUCACGUGACCAACUGCUUCUGAGAAACAAACUAUUCAUGAAAACAAAACAAAUAUUUUUUUUUUUAUAUUUCAUUUUGUCAGUAAAUGUUUAUUUAUAUUGAAAUAGUCACAUUUAAUUUUGUUGAUUUCAGGAACAAACUGUCAGAAUAUAAUACAAGUUUUAUACAAAUUGUUGUUUAAAAAGUAAAAAAAGUCCAAACAUUUUAAAUGAAACACCCAGUUAUUACAAAUCAAUAGAGUUUCGUUUAUUAAGUUUACAACAGUAGUAAUAAUAAGUAAACUGUCGGGAGGCGAUGUGACGCUUCACGUUCUCAUUUUGUCUGUAAUAUCUUCUGGACGUUUGAUCGUAGUCCAAGUGAAACAGGAAGUAGAACCAGAGGAACUCGGUGUCAGACACGUUCGACCCUGAAGUGAAUGAUCUGUUCCUCCUGGUGUCCGGCUCCAGUAGCUCCGCCUCCUCCAUGUUAGCAGAUGGGACCAAACAAAACAAAUCAAAGCAGAUGUUAAAUAAAUGUUUGUCAAAGAU